AUGGCUGCGCAUUCCACUCGCCCUUCUGUCACCCUGUUGCAGGGCCUGGUGGUUGGAAUUCACCUCCAGGAGGCAUUCCCGCAGGCUGUCGACGCGUUUCUGGGAGUUCCUUACGCUCUUCCGCCUGUCGGCGAGAGACGAUUCAAGCCGGCAUUCAAAGUGCCAGCGUCAGAAGAAACAAUAGACGCAUCGAAAUAUGGCCCCGCGGCUCCUGGUAAGCCCUUGCUGUCGGGUGGACCAAAGCUCGAGCAGAGUGAAGACUGCCUCACCGCAAAUAUCUUUCGACCAGCGGGAACCAACGAAGGGGACAAACUUCCAGUUGCAGUGUAUAUUCACGGUGGUGCCUUCAAUCGGGGAUCGGCUGCAAUGCACGACACAGCCUCCAUGGUUGCUUGGUCUGAGUCACCGUUUAUUGGGGUGAGCUUCGGUUACCGGGUUGGGGCAUUGGGAUUCCUGCCCUCGGGCCUGACAAAGAAAGAAGGGGUCCUUAACCUUGGACUUCGCGAUCAGGUUCAUUUAUUUGAAUGGGCGCAGGAAAAUAUCGGGAAGUUCGGAGGUGAUCCUGGCAAUGUGACGCUAUUUGGCCUAUCGGCUGGAGCGCAUUCGAUAGGCCAUCAUCUUCUCAACUACAAGGAACAAGCCCCACCACUUUUCCACCGCGUUAUCAUGGAAUCCGGCUCGCCAACCUCUCGCGCGGUACGACCCUACAAUGCAGCAAUACACGAACAGCAAUUCCAAGACUUCCUUCUAGAGGUUGGCUGUCCUCCAGACCUACCUGAGGCUGAAAUAUUUCCUUUCCUUCGGUCACUUCCUAGUUCCACGGUGACAAAUGCCCAAACCGCCGUAUUCGACAAGUACAAUCCUUCUCUUCGGUGGGCUUUCCAACCUGUCAUUGACGAUGAGCUUAUUUACCGUAAGCCUUUGGACGCCUGGAAUUCUCAGCUCUGGAAUAAGGUGCCGAUAAUGACGGGCUUUACAACCAAUGAAGGGACCAUGUACGUGGACAAGAAAAUGUCUGAUCCGGGACAGUUCCGCGCGUUCUGGCACAAUCUUCUUCCUGAGCUGUCAUCUUCGGAUUUGGAUACAAUCGACAAGCUGUACCCGGACCCGAGCGUUGAUUCGACUUCACCAUAUGUCGAAACGAGAAAAGGCCGCGGACUAGGACCUCAGUAUAAACGCAUUGAGGCAGCGUACGCUCACUAUGCAUAUGUUGCACCCGUCCGCCAGACAGCCGACUUUGCAUCCUCCCAAGGUGUCCCUGUUUACCUGUAUCACUGGGCUCUUCCCAGAACCGUGGUUGGCAGAGCAAACCAUGGUGAUAACAUGUACUAUGAGACAUAUAACAGUGGGAUCACAGGGAUUUCAGAGUCACAGAAGGAGCUUUCUGGAACGCUGCAUGCCUAUAUCACCAGUUUCAUCACCCAGGGGGAUCCUAACGCUAUAGCAGGUCGUUACUCUCAAAGAUCUGAAUGGAAACCAUUUGUACCAAAUGAUGCACAUAUCAUGACUUUGGGAGAGGGAAAUGAAGAGUUGAUCGGAGGCACUAGUGCCGCAGCCUCGAAGUUGACCAAGGAUGAUUGGGCGAGGGAACAGACCCAAUUCUGGUGGUCGAAAGUUCCGAUUUCACAGCUUGCUUGA